AUGAAAGGAUUCUUUAAGAGCUUGACGCUCUCAUUGCCAUUGGCUCUUGCUGCUCUUACAAGUGCGCAAGAGACUACGCAAUGGCCGCUUCGAAGUAAUGGCCUCACUGACUUGGUUGAGUGGGACCACUACAGUUUCAAGGUCAAUGGCGAACGUCUGUUCAUCUGGUCUGGAGAGAUGCACUACUGGAGAAUCCCUGUUCCCGAGCUCUGGGUUGAUGUGCUGCACAAGGUCAAGGCUGCCGGUUUCAACGCAGUAUCUUUUUACUCGCACUGGGGAUACCACGCUCCACGAGAUGGCAUCGUCGACUUCGAGUCAGGAGCCCACAAUAUUUCCAGCUUGUUCGAGACAUGCAAAUCGCUUGGUCUAUACAUCUUUUAUCGCCCAGGGCCGUAUAUCAACGCAGAAAGUACCGGAGGUGGCUUCCCUGGCUGGGUCACAACUGGAGCAUACGGCUCCCUCCGUAACAACGACACCAGAUAUACCGAAGCUUGGAAGCCUUACAUCGAGACAGUCAACGGCAUCAUUGCUGAGCACUCCAUCGUGAAUGGCGGCAACGUCAUCUUCUACCAGGUCGAGAAUGAGUAUGGUUAUCAAUGGACAGACACUACUCGCAGGACCCCUAACGAGACCGCCAUUCACUACAUGGAACUUCUAGAGACAGUCGCGAACGACACUGGUAUCAACAUGCCUACCGUACACAACAAUCCAAACCUGGGAAGCAAAUCCUGGUCAAUGGACUACGACAUCAACAAUGUGGGUGGAGACACUUGGCUGUACGCAGUAGACAAUUACCCAUCUUGCUGGAGUUGCAACCUCCAGGAAUGCAGCUCGACUAACUCUCCAGCACCUGACUUUACUGUCCUUGAUUACUACACUCACUUUCAGGAGACUGCACCGGGUGAUCCUUCUUUCUUUGCCGAGUUCCAAGGUGGAUCUUACAACCCUUGGGAUGGUCCUGCUGGUGGCUGCAGAAACAAUACUGGACCUGAUUGGGUGAAUGUGUUCUACAGGAACAACAUUGCCAACAAGGUUACUGCUCAUAACAUGUAUAUGUUGUAUGGCGGGACAAACUUUGGUCAACUGGCUUUCCCAUUGGUUGGCACUAGCUACGAUUACUCUGCGCCAAUCCAAGAGGAUCGUCUCAUUGGUGACAAGUACUCUGAGACAAAACUUCUCGGCUACUUCAUCAGAUCCGCCAAGGACCUCCCACUAGUUGAGAGAGGCACUAACGGUACCAACCUCACCACCAGCUCCAGCGUAUUUACCCAGGUCCUAUACAAUGUGGAGAACGACGCCCAAUUCUAUGUCGUCAGACAUGCAAACACUACACUGCAGACAUCGCUCUCUUUCAAGCAAAACAUGACGACUUCUCUUGGACACUUCCAAGUGCCUCAGUAUGCUGCUGACAUUCGUCUCAAUGGAAGAGAAUCCAAGAUUCUUGUCUCAGACUACAAUGCUGGAGAGCAGAAGAUCGUCUACUCUACCGCGGAAGUCUUGGCUGUUUCCAUCCAGAAUGGCAAGCCUAUCAUUGUCUUCUGGGUCCCCACUGGCGAGAGUGGUGAGUUCUACCUUAGGGGUGCUCAAUAUGGAAAUGUAAAGCAAUGCGAGGGCUGCUCCAGUGUCGGAUUUUACCAAACUAAGGAUGGCGUCAUCACUAGCUUUGCACAAGGCUCUGGUAUGAGCGUCUUCCAGUAUGGAAACGGCGUGACUGCUAUUGUGGUGGACAGAUCCCACGCUUACAAGCUUUGGCACCCGACCUUGACCAACGACCCUCAUGUACCGCUGGACAAGACUGCUAUUGUCACUGGCCCUUAUCUCGUCCGCACCGCUGCCGUCCACGGUGAAACUCUUGCUCUGAUCGGCGACUACAACGGUACUACUCCUCUCGAAGUCUUCGCCGCCGGCGUCAAGAAGGUCACUUUCAAUGGCGAGAGUGUUACUGUCAAGACUUCUGACUACGGCAGUCUUAAGGGCGAGCUUUCUGAGGACAAAGUCACUGUCAAGUCCCUCGAUGCUAUGCUUCCCAAGCUCUCGCACUGGAAGGUUGCUGAUGGGCUACAUGAGCGUGAGGCUGGUUACGAUGAUUCCAAAUGGGUCAACGCUAACCACACUACCACUCCCCACUGGAACAAACCUGCCACAGACCAUAUCCUUUACGCUGAUGAGUACGGUUUCCAUGGUGGAAACAUUCUCUGGCGCGGUCGCUUCAACGGCACUAGCAGUGGCGUUUUCCUGAACAUUAUUGGCGGAACCGGUAGUGGCUGGUCUGCAUAUCUGAAUGGCAAGUUCGUCGGCUCCACUUUCGGCGACAUCAAGCUUUCGCAGACCAACCAGACGCUCAAGUUUGGCGAUGCUGCAAAGAGUGGCGAGAACGUUCUGUUCAUUAUCCAAGAUCACAUGGGCAAGGAUCAAACCACCGGCGCCAUAAACCCUCGUGGUAUCCUCAAUGCCACCCUUGCCGACGGUGCAAAGUUCACUUCCUGGAAAGUAGCAGGAAAAGCUGGAGGAGGCGCCAAUAUCGACCCUAUCCGUGGACCUUACAAUGAAGGUGGUCUCCAUGCUGAACGUCUCGGCUGGCAUUUACCUGGCUUCGACGACAGCAAGUGGGUUGCUGGCACUCCUUCCACUGGCCUCAGCACAGCAGGCGCCAACUUCUAUCGCACUAUUCUUCCCCUUGAUCUCCCUGAGGGCCAUGAUGUAUCCCUCGCAUUCAACCUUCACGCAACCAAGAGUUCGAAGCUCAGAGCUCAACUCUACGUCAAUGGCUAUCAGUUCGGCAAAUUCGUGCCUUACAUCGGUAAUCAGGUUGAAUUCCCUGUUUUCCCUGGCAUAUUGGAUUACCACGGUAACAAUACUAUUGGACUGUCCAUCUGGUCGCAGGAUGAAGUAGAAGCUGGUGUUGAUGUCAGUGUCAGUGUUCUUGGCGUCCAUUCUUCUGGCUUUGAUGUUGGGUUCAGUUCGACUUAUCUCAGACCUGGGUGGACGGAGGAGAGACUGCAGUAUUACUAG